UUUUGUUAAUUAAGUAAAGAAAACGUAAGUAAAUAAGUGCAGAGAAAAUUAAUAUUAAUGCAGCGUUAAGAGAUCAAAGCAAAAUGUGGUCAAUUACUCAAAAGCAAGAGAAUGAAAAGAAACAGAGAAAUGAACAAAAUAAAUCAACAUUUGGGAUGACCUCGGCUAUUUCCAUGGCUCUGCCAAAACCGUCUGAUAUUACAAAGACAGCAGAACUUGAGGAAGCACUUAAACCAUUUGAUGUCUUUGAAACAGACCAAGAAUUAAACCAUCGUAUGGUUGUUUUAGGAAAAUUAUAUUCGUUAGUUAAACAAUGGAUUAAAGAUUUAUCUAUUGCUAGAAAUAUGCCAGAAAGUGUUGCUGAAAACGUGGGUGGAAAAAUAUAUACUUUUGGGAGUUAUAGGCUAGGGGUUCAUAAUAGAGGAGCAGAUAUAGAUGCAUUAUGUGUAGCACCUAGACACAUACAUCGAAGUGAUUAUUUUUCAUCAUUUUUUGAGUUACUUAAACAACAACCAGAAGUUAAGGAACUACGGGCUGUAGAAGAAGCAUUUGUGCCUGUAAUCAAAAUGAAUUUUGACGGUAUUGAGAUAGAUAUGCUAUUUGCGCGUUUACUUUUAAAAGAAAUACCAGACGGUAUGGACUUGCAGGAUGACUUUCUGUUGAAAAACUUGGACCCGAAAUGUGUCCGUAGUUUGAACGGGUGUAGAGUGACUGAUGAAAUAUUAAGAUUGGUCCCUAACAUUGAUAAUUUUAGAUUAGCGUUACGAACAAUUAAACUGUGGGCUAAGCGUCAUGGUAUUUAUAAUAAUGCCUUGGGUUAUUUGGGUGGAGUGUCUUGGGCUAUGUUAGUAGCUAGGACUUGUCAACUAUAUCCAAACGCAGCACCCGCUACUUUAGUUCAUAAGUUCUUCUUGGUGUUUUCGCAGUGGAAGUGGCCUCAGCCUGUUCUCUUAAAGCAGCCCUUUAACGUAAAUCUCGGAUUUCCCGUUUGGGACCCGAGGGUUAAUAUUCAAGACCGUUAUCAUCUAAUGCCUAUAAUAACUCCCGCGUAUCCUCAACAAAACUCAACAUACAACGUUUCGACCUCAACACGCGCCGUAAUGAUCGAGGAGUUUAAGUCAGGCCUGCUCCUUACAGACGAGAUAAUGCUGGGAAAGCAAUCUUGGGAGAAGCUCUUCGAAACACCUGCAUUUUUCAUGAAAUACAAACAUUUCAUCGUCCUUCUUGUGAGCGCUGCCACUGCUGAAGACCACCUAGAAUGGUGUGGACUGGUUGAAAGCAAAGUUAGAUUAUUAAUUGUAACUUUAGAACGAAACCAACACAUAACAAUGGCUCAUAUUAACCCAGAAAGUUACAGUCAAAUAGAUUCACAAAAGGACUCGAGUCAACACUGUUCCUUGUGGUUUAUUGGUUUGGAGUUUUCCAAAACAGAAAAUUUAAAUGUCGACCUCACUUAUGAUAUUCACCAGUUCACUGAAACCGUUUUGAGACAAGGGUUAAAAAUGCUCAAGGAUGGAAUGAAACUAGAAGCUAGGCAUGUAAGAAGAAAACAACUGCAUCAAUAUUUGUCUCCCAGUCUGUUGAAAAGGGAAAGGAAAUUGUCCACAAAUAGUUCUCUUAGAAAUGGGACAGAGCAUAGAAAACGCUCUUUGGAUGGUGAUAAUAACACGCCCAAGAAACUACGAAUGUCAGAUGAACUGCAUUCGUCCAUAUUUGAAGAUAAUUCAAAUGCCUCCAUCAUGUGUACUGACGAUUCUAAUAGUAACACAAGUACGUCGGAAGAAAGCCUAAAGAAUGUACCUCAUCCAACUGAUAGCCCACCAGCUCAAACAUUAUGCACUUGAUAUCAGCAUACAGCGAAGAAUGCCAUUCUUGGUUAAUGUUCUUUUUCAGGUGAAAACUCGACCACAGCACACACAUAAACAACAAAAAACACAUCAGGAUUAUGUACGAACG